AUGUUUUUGGCACAAGUGGAGAGUAUAGUCCUCUUCUUUCUUUUCUGUUUAUUUUUAUCAUCCGUUUUUUUUUCUCAUUCUUUCCUUUUUUCUCAUUUAUCUUUCUUCUUUUUUUCUUCUUUUCCUUUUUUUUUUAAUGAUAUUCAUUAUCUUUUCUACUUUUUACUUUUUCUUUUUUAUACUUUCUUUUUUUUUGUUUUCAUUUACUGGUUCUUUUUCUACUUUUUUCUUUUGUUUUUUUUAUUUUUCUUUACUGUUCUUCUAUUUUCUUGUUCUUCCUUUUUUUUCCUUUCUUUCUUUUCUUUCAUCAUUUUUGUUUUUCUCGUCUUGUUCAUUUUCCUACUUUUUAUUUCCUUUUCUACAUUUUCUUCAUCGUUGUUCUUUUUUUUCAUUUUUUCUUUUUUUUUCUACCUUUUUUUCUUCUUUUCCUUCCUCGCUUUUCUUUUUCUCUUCCUUUUUCUAAUGUCUUUCUCCCUUUUUCUUCUUUUUCUUUAUUAUUCCUCUUUUUUUUUUUCAUUCUUUCACUUUUUUCCACCUUUGUUGUUUUUCAUCAUUUCUUCAUCGAUCUUCUUUUUUUCAUUCUUUUCCUUACUUUUUUCUUCAUCUUCUUUUUUUCUACUUUUCUUUAUCAUUCUUUUCCGUUUGUUUUUUCUUUAUUCUCUUUAUUCUCUUAUUCAUUUAUCCUUUUAUUCUCUUUAUUCUCUUAUUCUUUUAUUCUCUUUAGCAGCCAUAGCCUGA